CGAUAUUCGGAGAAGUCGACCAAUAGCGCUCGGACUACGACAGGGCCUCGCGAUUUUUGUCACCACCGCCUCGACUGCGCGUCGCUCCAUUCCCGCACUCCCGCCCUUCGAUACCCGUUUGCCGUGUCUCUUGUUUGGUUGCCAGGCCUUCUCGUUGCAUCGUCUCUCCUUCCUCCGUGCAAUCCACAAUGUCGCCCACACCAUCGGAAGCGGUCGCAAAGGUCGCCCAGGCCGCCGCGGGAACCAGCUCGUCGGCCACCGAGUACAAGCGGGAGUCCAACACAGCGCGAUUCCUGGGUGCAGGAUGUGCGGGUCUCGCGGAGCUGAUGAUCUUCCACCCCGUCGACACGACGGCGAAGCGCCUCAUGAGCAAUGUCGGCAAGAUCGAGUCGGCGUCACACCUGAACAAGGUCGUCUUCCGGGACUCGGCCAACGCCUCGGUCGGCGGCCGCUUCUUCUCGCUCUUCCCUGGGCUCGGCUACGCCGCUGCGUACAAGAUCCUCCAGCGCGUCUACAAGUACGGCGGACAGCCCUUUGCGCGCGACUACCUCGCCCGUCACCACGGCGACGCCUUCGACCAGACAUUCGGCAAGGGCAACGGCAAGGCCAUCAUGCACGCGACCGCGGGCUCGUUGAUCGGCAUUGGUGAGAUUGUCCUGCUGCCGCUCGACGUCCUCAAGAUCAAGCGCCAGACCAACCCCGAGGCCUUCCGGGGCCGCGGUCUGUUCAGGAUCAUCGCCGACGAGGGCUUCGGCCUGUACCGCGGCUGGGGCUGGACAGCAGCCCGCAACGCCCCCGGCUCGUUCGCGCUGUUCGGUGGAUCUGCCGCCGCCAAGGAGUACCUCUACAAGCUCUCUGACUACAACAAGGCCACCUGGGGCCAGAACUUUGUCGCCUCGAUUGCCGGUGCCACCGCCUCGCUCGUCGUCUCCGCCCCGCUCGACGUCAUCAAGACGCGCAUCCAGAACAGGAACUUUGACAACCCAGAGGGCGGCAUGCGCAUCGUGUCCAACAUGAUGAAGAACGAGGGCAUCAGCUCCUUUUUCAAGGGCCUGACGCCCAAGCUGCUCAUGACGGGCCCCAAGCUCGUCUUCUCCUUCUGGUUGGCCCAGACCCUGAUCCCGGCCUUUGGCAAGAUCAUGUAAAUUCGUUGCUAGCGUUAAUGACGGUGUUGUACUUGUACUAUACGGGAUCUACGGUUGUUGGGGCUAUAGAACUGGGAGCCGGAAAGGCGUUGGGCUCGCGAUGCACAGGCGAGUGCGUUGGGUCCAGAGAUGAUUUCAACAGUCCAGAGAUGAUUGUAACAUAUCCACUCAACAUGUCCCUCUGCUAUUCCAACUGCU